GUGCGGUUGAACGACGUGGCGAAGCUGGCUGCCAUCGUCGGGCCCAGCGAGGAGUCUGGGGAGCCGCGGGACCUGCACUGCAUCCUCAUCACGAACCCAAAUGAAGAUGGAUGGAAGAACCCAGCCCUAGAAAAGCUGAACUCAUUUUGUGAAGAGAGCCGAAAUGUCAACGACUGGGUUCCAACCAUCACCCUGCCUGAGUGAUGGUCAUUCAGUGCAUUGGGGAGGCUGAAACCUUUGUUGCAUUCUCAACAUGGUGUGAGUUCACUGAAGUGUGCAACAUGCUGCUGAUUCCAUGGAUUAGCCUGGUCAAGAGACUGGAUUAAAGUCACUCUGACGGGCAUGCAGUGGGCUCUUACAGAGGAGAAAGAGGAGAACAGCUUGCCUCACCAGUUAGCCUCAGUAGCCUGCAACUGUGGAGAGGCUGACAUGCCAUGGAACUUAAAAAUAUUGCAGAUUUCCUGGUUGAGUGGAGAUGUUUCAGAAGGCAGAGAGAAAGCUGGGGGAAGCAGGCCAAAACUUUUCAGAAGGACUGGGCAGAGUACUGUAACUAGAAACUGUUGGUGCUGUCUACAAAACACAGAAGAAAGUAAAAAUAUUUGAUGGACUGCUAGAGUGUUUACUGAGACAAAUACAGAGACUCCAAAGUGAGCAGACUUUAACGGACCACUUGAGUUACUCUGCAGAACCGAUUUAAUAAUGCAAUAAUUUUUAUUGAAAUAUUUGCUGCUAUUGAAGCUUUCAUAAUAAAUUUUUGACAAUUAA